AUGGCAGAGACUAAAGACUCGGCCGCCGCCGUCUUUGGCGAGCACGAGGUCACGGCCGCCUUCAACUUCCCCACAGAGGAAGAAAAAGUCAUCCGAUACUGGCGCGCCAUCGACGCAUUCAAGACUUCUCUCAAGCAGAGCGAAGGUAGGAAACCGUUCAGCUUCUACGACGGUCCUCCCUUUGCCACCGGUCUGCCCCACUACGGACAUCUUCUCGCUGGUACCGUUAAGGACAUUGUCACCCGACACGCACACUCUACCGGUCACUAUGUCGAUCGCCGCUUCGGUUGGGACUGCCACGGUCUCCCCGUUGAGCACGAGAUCGACAAGAAGCUCGGCAUCAAGGGCAAGGAAGACGUCAUGGCCAUGGGCAUCGACAAGUACAACGCCGAGUGCAAAGCCAUAGUCAUGACGUACCAAAAAGAGUGGAAGGAUACCGUCGAGCGCAUGGGCAGGUGGAUUGACUUUGACAACGGUUACAAGACCAUGGAUCUCAGCUUCAUGGAGUCCGUCUGGUGGGUCUUCAAGACGCUCCACCAAAAGGGGCUCGUCUACCAGGGCAUCCGUGUCAUGCCUUACUCCACCGCCUGCACCACCCCACUUUCCAACUUCGAAGCUGGUCUUGACUACCGCGAGGUGCAAGACCCCGCCGUCACCGUCAGCUUCCCCCUCGUCGAUGAUCCUAAGACCGCCUUCCUCGCUUGGACCACCACUCCUUGGACCCUCCCUUCCAACCUCGGUCUUUGCGUCCACCCGGACUUCAACUACAUCAAGAUCCACGACGACGAGCGCGACAUGAACUUCAUCAUCCACGAAGAUCUCCUCACCACCCUCUACAAGGACCCCAAAAAGGCCAAGUUCCAAAAAAUCGAAACCUACAAAGGCAAGGAUCUCGUCGGCAAGCACUACGAGCCUAUCUUCCCCUACUUCCAGGAGCGCUUCAAGGACCGCGCCUUCCGUGUGCUCUCCGACACCUACGUCACUUCGGAUGCAGGUACCGGUAUCGUCCACCAGGCUCCUGCCUUUGGUGACGACGAUCACCGCGUCGCCAUCGCCCACGGCGUCAUCUCGCGCGACGAGACUCCUCCCAACCCCGUCGAUGGCUCCGGCCGAUACACUAACGAGGUGCCCGACUACGAAGGUAUGCAUGUCAAGGACGCCGACAAGGCUAUCCAGAAGGAGCUCAAGGCGCGCGGCCGUCUCAUUGUGCAGGCCACCCUUAGCCAUCAGUACCCCUUCUGCUGGCGAUCGGGCACUCCCCUCAUCUACAAGGCUAUUCCUUCGUGGUUCGUCCGUGUCGAGCCCGUCAUCGAAAAACUCGUCAAGAACAACGACGCUACACGCUGGGUACCCGGCCAUGUCGGCGAGGGUCGAUUCGGCAGCUGGAUCGCCAACGCUCGCGACUGGAACAUCUCGCGCAACCGAUACUGGGGCACUCCCAUCCCAUUGUGGGCCAGCGAAGAUAUGCAAGAGAUUGUCUGCGUCGGCUCGGUUGAAGAGCUGGAGAAGCUCUCGGGCGUCACUGGCAUUACCGAUCUCCACAAGGACAAGAUCGACCACAUCACCAUCCCAUCGCAACAGGGCAAGGGUCAGCUCAAACGCGUCGAAGAGGUCUUUGACUGUUGGUUCGAGUCCGGUUCCAUGCCCUACGCCCAGGCGCACUAUCCCUUUGAGAACAAGGAGAAGUUCGAACGGUCGUUCCCUGCCGACUUCAUCUCGGAAGGUCUCGACCAGACCCGAGGUUGGUUCUACACGCUCCUCAUCUUGGCUACGCACCUCUUUGACACGGCGCCGUGGAAGAAUCUCAUUGUCAGCGGUCUCGUGUUGGCCGCCGACGGCAAGAAGAUGAGCAAGUCGCUGCGCAACUACCCGGACCCCAACCUGCUCAUCAACCAGUACGGCGCCGAUGCCAUCCGACUCUACCUCAUCAACUCGCCCGUGGUGCGUGCUGAGAAUCUGCGCUUCAAGGAGGAAGGCGUCAAGGAGGUGAUCGCCUCCACGUUCUUGCCGUGGCUCAACUCGUUCCGCUUCUUCCUCGGCUCGGUCAACAUGCUCGAGAAGGACCAUGGCAUCAAGUUUGUUUACCAGAACAAGGUCGAAAAAUCGAGCAAUGUCAUGGACCGAUGGAUCCUGGCGCGCUGCCAGUCGCUCAUCAAGCUCAUCAGCGAAGAGAUGGCCGCAUACCGUCUGUACACGGUGGUGCCGCGCUUGGGCGAGCUCAUCGACGAGCUCACCAACUGGUACAUCCGCUUCAACCGUCGUCGUUUGAAGGGUGAGAACGGUGUCGAGGAUACGCAGGCGGCACUCAACUCGUUGUUCGAGACGCUAUACACGCUCUGUCGCACCCUGUCAUCGUUUACACCCUUCCUGACCGAGAAUCUGUACCAAGGUCUGCGCAAGUUCCUGCCAGCACCUGCGGCGGACGACAAGCAGGACUACCGCAGUGUCCACUUCUUGUCGUUCCCCGAGGUCAACGAGUCGUACUUUGACCCGGUCAUUCAGCGCCAGUUCAAGGCGCUCCAGUCGGUGGUCGAGCUGGGCCGUGUGAUCCGCGUCAACUCCAACCUGCCCAUCCGUGUGCCGCUCAAGGAGCUCGUUGUGUUCCACACCGACAAGGAGUAUCUGCAGGACGUCGAGUCGCUGUCGGACUACAUCAAGGAGGAGCUCAACGUGCGCGAUCUGGUCCUGUCGUCGGACGAGGCCAAGUGCGGUGUGCGCUUCAAGCUGUUUGCCGACUGGCCCGUGUUGGGUCGCAAGCUGCGCAAGGACGUGGGCAAGGUUCGCAAGGGUCUUGAGAGCGUCACGUCGGACGAUGCAAAGGCAUACCGCGAGACGGGCAAGCUCAAUGUGGCGGGAGUGGAUCUGGUGGAAGGCGAUCUGCGCGUCAUCCGCUACGUCGAGACCAAGGAGAUCGAGGGCACGUUCGAGAGCAACACGGACGGCAAUGUCGUUGUGCUGCUUGACAUCCAGCAGCGACCCGAGCUGGUGUCGGAGGGCACGGCGCGUGAAGUGAUCAACCGCAUCCAGCGUCUGCGCAAGAAAGCUGGGUUGGUGGCUACGGACGAAGUGGACGCGUUCUACUCGUUCGAAGCUGGACUUGGCCAGGUGCUCGCGGAAUGCAUCGAGAGCCAACCGGAGACCUUCAUGAAGGCGUUGCGCAGGAAACCCUUGCCUGAAGCUGAAAAGCGAGAGGACGCGAAGGUCAUCUUGCAAGAAGAGCAGGAGGUGGGCGAGGACAAGUUCAUGCUGACUCUGGCUUGGGCUUGA